GAGACAUGAAAAGUUGAAUAUCCACCUACCAUGUUGCGCCCCUGAUUGUGCGACCCACAGCAGCGCGAUGCGUAAAACUCCGAGGAACGACAUGCGCAACGAACCAGACGCGCAACGGACCAUCUCUGCGGCUCCAGGUUCCUGGAUGGAAAAUAUGACCUUCUGCAGCGGCUGCUGCUAAUGUGAUGGAAUGAAAGCAGACGGCUUUGUGAGCUGUGAAGAAGAGAUGAAUAAUAAGGCAGAAGAAGAAGAAGAUGAAGAAGAAAAGCAGGCCGGUGGCUCAGUGUUUCCACCACAAUGGACGAGUUUGUGGGUUUAAACCCCAGAGAAGUUGUGCAGCGAGUGUCGUCCUCGCUGGGCUGCAGUCCAACAUCUGCACAAGUCGCUGCUUACUUCGACAAACACGACAAGCUGCGGCACCUCAGGGACCAAUUCCUGGUGCCUAAAAUUGCAGAUUUGCCUCCCUCUGAUCUGUCGCUGGUCGACGGCACCAAGGAGUGCAUCUACCUGGUGGGAAACUCUCUGGGGCUUCAGCCCAAAAUGGCCCAGAAAUACCUGGAGGAGGAGCUGGAGAAGUGGGCCAAGAUGGGCGUCCACGGCCACACAUUGGGCUCCCGUCCUUGGGCUUGGGCGGAAGACAACAUCGAGGGGCUCAUGGCGAAUGUCGUUGGAGCUAAAAGUGAAGAAGUGGCUCUGAUGAACGGCCUGACAGUUAAUUUACACCUUCUAAUGCUUGCUUUCUACAAACCCACCGCAGCUCGACAUAAAAUCCUCCUGGAGAACAAAGCUUUUCCCUCAGAUCAUUACGCCGUUGAGUCUCAGAUCCGCCUACGAGGAUUCGACCCCCAGCAGAGCAUGUUGCUGCUGUCACCCAGACCAGGAGAGGAAACUCUGAGAACUGAAGACAUCCUGGAGGUCAUCGAGAAGGAAGGCGACUCCAUCGCCGUGGUGAUGUUCAGCGGCGUUCAGUAUUACACCGGCCAGCUGUUCAACAUGGCCGCCAUCACGGAGGCCGGCCAGCGGAAGGGUUGUUACGUCGGAUUCGAUUGCGCCCACGCAGCAGGAAACGUCGAGUUGAAGCUGCAUGACUGGGGCGUCGACUUCGCCUGCUGGUGCUCCUACAAGUAUAUAAACUCAGGUGCUGGUGGUCUCGCUGGAGCUUUUAUCCACGAGAAGCAUAAACACACCAUCAAACCAGCGCUUACAGGAUGGUGGGGACAUGACCUGAAAACUCGGUUCCAGAUGAGUAACGAGUUGGAGCUGCAGCCCGGAGUGAACGGCUUCAGACUGUCCAACCAACCCAUCCUGCUGGUCUGCCCCCUGCAGGCCAGUUUGCAGGUGUUCAACAUGACCAGCAUGCAGGCGCUGCGCAGGAAGUCCCUCCUACUUACCGGAUACCUGGAGUAUCUGAUCCAGCACUACUACAGCGAGGACCCGACCAGACCCCAGAAACCUCAUGUCCACAUCAUGACGCCUUCAGACCCUCAGCAGAGAGGCUGCCAGCUCUCGCUCUCCUUCUCCAUCCCCAUCAGGAGGGUCUUCCAGGAGCUGGAGAGGAGAGGCGUCGCUUGCGACAUGAGGGAGCCCAGUGUGCUGCGAAUCGCUCCGGUGCCACUCUACAACUCCUUCAGCGACGUCCACCGCUUCAUCGAAACCCUGGGAGCAGCCCUCGCCGCUGGCAGCCAAUGAGAGGAGAGCAUUGAGUACCACCUGACUGUGACUCCUGCAGAUAGAGGGAAGAUUUUCAGCCCUUCAUAUUCCACAUAAAGACAGUUUAUUAACGGUGAUAUCUUGGAAAGUUCACCUUCUGCCUCACUGAGCCUCCUAAACCUCAUUAUCUUCACUGACUGUUUUGUUUUUAUUUUUGUCUGCUGCAAAUAUUCCACAUGGAUUGGCUGAAAUAAAGUGUUUAUUCUCCACCAGUUUACAAUAAAGCUGAAAACACUUCAGCGUGGUUGGAGAACACAAACAUUUCCUUUC